UGCCUUUUAUUUUUGGCCACACGACGAUGGCACACCACCGGCUUUUUGGACAAAACAUUCGAUAACAGCUUCGUUCGGAGGGUAGUUGAAGUAACAGCAGUGUAAUUUUCUCUUUAUCAGCGUAUUGUCAGUAUCGGAAUUCGUCCAGUUUCUCCGUAGGAACAACCUCAGCAUGUUGUCAUCGUUGGUUCGUCGUCCGUUGGCCAACCUGGCCGUGCGUAAUGCGGCCUUCCUGUCCCGGGCCUACCACAAACCGAAGAACCCGAAUUUUCGCCAGAUGACAAUGAACGAUAAUCCCAUCCCGGAAGGAGAUUUCUUCGAGGAACAUGCCCGCAAAAAUCGGAUCUACAACACCUGGCUGGUCAUCGGAAUCAUCACCUUCGGGGCGACCGUGUACGUGGCCAAAGAGACGGGACUGUUCUAUUUGAAUUACCAACCACCGAAGAGUAUUGAUUAAUCGAUCGUCUGUUGAGGUGUGUGUGUGCGCGUUCGAAGUGAAACGAAAAUGUAGUUUCUUUUUCGUGAAUAAAAUGAAGAUAGGAAAAAAUAAACAUGUGACCCCAAGUUUAGAAACCAACUGCACAAA